CAGGAUUCUGAAUGGUGGAUUCUUUCCUGGGAGGCAAAUGCUGUAGUGAUUUCUACAACCAGGAGAAAUGGCCAAGCGCACCUUCUCCAUGUUGGAGUCAUUUCUCAUUUUCCUCCUUGUUGUCAUGACUGCCAUCACAGUGGCCCUCCUCAGCCUCCUGUUCAUCACCAGUGGGACCAUUGAAAACAACAAAGAUUCAGGAAUUCAUGGAUUUUCAACCACCCAGGGCUCCAUGGCCACCCAAUCCUCUCCAGUGACUCUCAUUCCAGACCCUCCUUUUCCCAACAACUUCAGUGGCUACUAUAUUGGCGUUGGGCGAGCUGAUUGCACAGGACAAGUGGCAGAUAUUGCUUUGAUGGGCUAUGGAAAAUCUGGCCAGAAUGCACGGGGUCUUCUCACAAGACUGUACAGUCGGGCUUUCAUCGUGGCAGAGCCUGAUGGGUCAAGUAGAAUGGCGUUCAUCACCAUUGAGAUAGGCAUGGUUUCCCAAAGACUCAGGCUGGAGGUCCUAAACAGACUGAAGAGUAAAUAUGGCUCCCUGUACCGAAGAGACAACGUCAUCCUGAGUGGCACUCACACACACUCAGCUCCGGCAGGAUUUUUUCAGUAUACUCUAUUUGUACUUGCCAGUGAAGGAUUUAGCAAUCGAACCUUUGAGUACAUGGUCUCUGGUAUUGUGAAGAGCAUUGAGAUGGCACAUACAAAUAUGAAACCAGGCAAAAUCUUUAUCAACAAAGGAAAUGUUGCUGGAGUACAGAUCAACCGAAGCCCUUUUUCUUACCUUAAGAAUCCACCCUCUGAGAGAGCUAGGUAUUCUUCAAACACAGACAAGGAAAUGGUGGUCUUGAAAAUGGUGAACUUGAAUGGAGAGGACUUAGGCCUCGUCAGUUGGUUUGCCAUCCAUCCGGUCAGCAUGAACAACACCAAUCACCUUGUCAACAGUGACAACGUGGGCUAUGCAGCCUACCUUUUAGAGCAGGAGAAGAACAGAGGGCAUCUGCCUGGGCAGGGGCCAUUUGUAGCAGGUUUUGCGUCAUCCAACCUAGGAGACGUGUCCCCCAACAUUCUCGGUCCACACUGCGUCAACACAGGCGAAUCUUGUGACAAUCCCAAUAGCACUUGUCCCAUUGGUGGGUCUAGCAUGUGUAUAGCCCACGGACCUGGACAUGAUAUGCUAGACAGCACCCAAAUUAUUGGACGGAUGAUCUACCAGAAAGCAAAGGAGCUGUACACCUCUGCCUCCCAGGAGGUAAGUGGACCAGUGGCAGCUGCUCACCAGUGGGUGAACAUGACAGAUGUGACCGUCCAGGUUAAUGCCACGCAUGCAGUGAAAACGUGUAAACCAGCGCUGGGCUACAGUUUUGCUGCUGGCACAAUUGAUGGAGUUUCGGGCCUCAAUUUUACACAGGGAACAACAGAAGGAGACCCAUUUUGGGAUACCAUUCGAGAUCAGCUACUGGGCAGGCCAUCUGAAGAAAUUAAAGAAUGCCAUAAACCAAAGCCAAUCCUACUUCAUACUGGAGAGCUAACAAAACCUCAUCCUUGGCAUCCAGAUAUUGUUGAUGUUCAGAUUAUCACUAUUGGGUCACUGGCCAUAGCUGCUAUCCCUGGAGAAUUUACAACCAUGUCUGGACGAAGACUUCGAGAAGCAGUUAAAACAGAAUUUGCAUCGUAUGGGAUCAGAAAUAUGACUGUUGUUAUCUCGGGUCUAUGCAAUGUUUACUCACAUUACAUUACCACUUAUGAAGAAUACCAGGCUCAGCGGUAUGAGGCAGCAUCUACAAUUUAUGGACCACAUACUCUGUCUGCUUACAUCCAGCUCUUCAGAGCCCUUGCUAAGGCAAUUGCUACGGACACAGUAGCCAACAUGAGCAGUGGGCCAGAGCCUCCAUUUUUCAAACAAUUGAUCGCCCCAUUUAUUCUGAAUAUUGUUGAUAGAACACCAAUUGGCAAACAUUUUGGGGAUGUCCUGCAGCCACCAAGACCUAAAUACAGAGUGGGAGAAGUGGCUGCAGUUACAUUUGUAGGUGCUAACCCAAAGAAUUCAGCAGAAAACCAGACCCAUGUGACCUUCCUCACUGUGGAGAAAUAUGAGGACAGUACGGCUACUUGGAAGAUAAUGUAUAAUGAUGCUUCCUGGGAAACGAAGUUUUAUUGGCACAAAGGAUUGCUAGGUCGGAGCAAUGCAACGAUAGAAUGGCAUAUUCCAGAUACUGCUCAACCUGGAAUCUACAGAAUACGAUAUUUUGGACACAACCGGAAGCAGGAUCAGCUGCUGAAGCCAGCUGUCAUCCUUCCAUUUGAAGGCACUUCUUCUGCUUUUGAAGUUGUAACCACUUACUGA